AUGGAGUCCACCCCUGCACGGGUUGAACCCUCAGCUGAAGGAGGGCAAAAUAUCACCAACACACAACCACCAGAACCUGAAAGAAAAAGUCUCGGUAUAAGAUUCUGGCUCGCAUUCUGGGCAAUCGCUUUCACAAACCUCGCCGCCUCUUUCGAUUCAACGACACUAUCUGUUGCCCUCCCGAUCAUCGCCACCGAUUUGGGCGGGUCAACGACCGAAGCCUUCUGGGCCGGAACGUCCUACCUACUCGCCUGUACCAUCUUGAUGCUAAUAUGGGUAACGCUCAGCGACGCAUUCGGUCGGCGACCAAUCAUGCUCAUCGCGCUGCUCGUGUUCACCGUUGGAGCUAUCGUCUGCGCCGUGUCACAUAAUUGGCCGGCCAUGCUUGCUGGUCGGACAAUCCAAGGCCUCGGUGGUGGAGGUCUCAUUGCCUUGACGACUGUUUUGAUCACCGAUUUGGUGCCACUACGCGAUCGAGCUCGCUUCUAUGCGCUUGUCAGUGUGAUCUGGGCGUUGGGGAGUGCCACGGGACCAAUAAUUGGAGGUGCGCUGGCGCAAUCAGGGUCGUGGCGCUGGAUCUUUUGGAUUAACCUGCCAAUCGUCGCUGUUGGGGUUGUUGGGAUUGGGUUUUUCUUACGGCUGAGCCGUCGAUCUCGUUCGUUCUCGGAAAAGCUACGCUUGUUUGACUAUACAGGGUCAUUCUUGUUUAUUGCUUCAAUCACUGCCUUUUUGAUUCCUGUCACUUGGGGCGGUGUUCAAUAUGCCUGGUCCAGCUGGCAUACUAUUGUGCCACUGAUCCUCGGCGCUGCCGGGCUCCUUGCCUUCGUUCUCUACGAGUUCUGGAUUGCACGAUCAGCCGCGGUUACCAAGAGGCCUCUUCUUAUCCCGCCUGAAGUCCUGCCCAACUGGACGGUGGGUAUUCUUUACGCGGGCAGCACAUUCCACGGCCUCAUCCUCUACAGUUUGGUCUACUAUAUGCCCGAAUACUUCCAGUCGGUCAAGGGCUACAGCCCUGUAAUUGCUGGUGUGGCUGCGCUCCCACAGACAGUGACCGUCGUGCCCUGUGCUAUAAUGGUAGGAGUAGUAGUCGGCUUCACAGGGCGGUACCGCUGGGCCGUCUGGGUAGGCUGGCUCCUGACCUGCUUCGGUGUGGGCCUGCUCAUUUUGCUCGAGUCCAACACCACUGUUGUGCAGUGGAUUUUCCUGGAGGCUGUCUCCGGUCUAGGAAUUGGGCUGCUCUUUCCAUCCAUCGCUCUCGCGAUUCAAUCCUCUGUGCCGCAGCGCCAAGUCAGCAUGGCGGCGACAUUGGUCUUAUUCUUCAGAUCCAUGGGACAAGCGAUUGGCGUUGCUAUCGGAGGGGUGAUUCUCGACAACCAGCUCCAAAAGCAUAUGUCUGAUACGGUGGCGAAGGGAGCUGCCAAUGAAUCGCAGGCACAAUCGUUGAAUGCCGUUACACUGGUAGAAAUAUUGAAAAAGCUACCGGCCGACUCUUCCGAGGCGAGCAUGAUCCGGCAGGCUCUGGUAGAAUCAUUCCAGGUGAUCUGGAUGGUAAUGUGUGGCUUUGCAGGCCUCAAUCUGAUCCUGAACAUUUUCAUCAAAGAGUUUGACAUGAACCAGAAUCAUGAAACGGAGCAAGGCUUUAUGCACGAGGUACCAGAAAAUAACCCUAGUAUAAAAGCAGAUCGCAAUUGA